UAUUUGUUACAUAUCAUAAAACCAACUAUUCUUUUUUAUUGUGAACAUUAAAUUUAGAGAAUUUCUAAGCAUUAUUUAAAUAAAUUUAAGAAGAAAACUAUACAAUACAACAACAUGCCCGUAACUGAUGUUAGUAAUAUGAAGGUGGCCGACCUAAAGCGUGAGCUAAAAGUACGCGGACUUUCUAUAGCUGGAAAUAAAAACGAAUUACAAGAGCGUUUACAAGCGGCCAUGGAUGGUGAACCAUUAUUGGAAGAUAGCUCAUUGGUAGGUGAGGAUAUACUCGACGAAGAAGAAGGUGUAUUAUCAGAUGAGGAAAAAAUAUUGGGUUCCGAUGAAAAUGAACUUUUGAAGAGUCCCACCACCACACCGACUACUAUUUUACCCAAAACUCUUGGUAGCGAAAAUAAAGAUACAGCUCUGGAGGAUGAUAUACUAGAGUCGCCCACAACUACUACAAAAAAGAUAAUUCUUAAACGUAAGAGUUCUUUAAAUAGUGGCACUACUUUGGAGGCGAGUGCCAUUACGACCAAAGAAAACACUGAACCCUCUCCAGCCAAAGCUGUUAAAAUGAGCGAACGCAAUCCCAUAACCAUGGGAGAGGAGAAAAAAGAUGACAGUGAACAAGCCGGUGCGGCGGCUACCAAAAAAGUUAAAGAAUUGACUAUGCAAGAGAGAUUAGAAUUAAGAGCCAAAAAGUUUGGCAUUGAAGCUAAGGCGACAGCAGCUCCGGCAGCUGCAGCAGCGAUGACGGCUAAAGAAAAAAAUGCUGCUAUUUCGGUGGCACCCGUAGUGAGUAGCGAAAAACAAGUUGAGUUAUUAAAAAAGAGAGCCGAACGUUUCGGUUGUGUAACCUCAACGAAUUUGGCCAAAUUAGAUGCAGAAGAACGAUUACUUAAGCGUAAACAACGUUUUGGCGGGGAGGUAGAUUCUGCAACAAAAACUAAAGUAGCUGAAAAUAACACCAUCUCAAGCACCACAACAGCAUCAACCGACAACACCAACAAUGAUGAAUGGGCUGAAAAAGCUCGUAAACGUUUGGAACGCUUUAAAGGAAAUUCAUCGCCUACUGUGUCGGUUGCUGAUACACCUGUAGUUGAUGCAGCUACUACUCCAGUCCCACCAGCUGCUGCUACCAGCACUUAAUUAAAUACAUAACUUGUAUUUCUCAUUAUUUUUCUUAGUAAAACACACUAAUGAAAUAGCAUACCAUAUUUUCAUUUGGGUUUGAAAAUUUAUUUAAUUUUUUUGUACCUAUGUACUACUUAUAUUCUUUAUAUCUAGGUAAAUGGUAUGGACAACUAUUAACGUGUUACGUACUCAUUAACACUAAAUAUUAUUUUUUAAUAUGUAUUAAUAUGUAUUUUUUUCUAAUUUGAAUAAAUGACAAAGAGUCUAAUAAAUUUAAUAAAUUUUUCAUUUGUAAGAUUAAAAA